AUGUAUAAUCAAGAGUUGAACGGGAAGCUAUAUAUCUUUUCAGAUAGUCCCCUAAAUAAGAACUGGGUUUUUCCGUCCGAUCUCUUGUGGUAUGAUCGCUGGGUCGAGAUUUUACACCUGCGGCCCCAGUUUGUCGAGAUAAUUAGCUGGAAUGACUAUGGCGAAUCGUAUUAUAUUGGACCUCUUUCAUCGCUUCAUACAGAUGACGGUUCUUCGCGAUGGACUAAAUUCCUAAUUACUUAUCACCCGCAUAAAUUAUCGUUCAAUCAGGGGAGCGAUCAACCACGCUUAGCGUACCAUCAGGAAUUAGUGCCCACAGAUGCCCGAUGGGCGUAG